AUGACACUUAAAAAUGCAAUAACUGUGGUCCUAAUAGUACUACAACUACAAUAUGCAUCCGGAUCAGCUGGAGAUGGCUCACCGUUCUUCCGCGAAUGUCAAAAUGAAUGUGUAAACAAGUUUGACUGCCCAAUGAGCGAUUUCGCCUUUGGAUGGACCCAAAAAACGUGCUUUGAGUAGGUUGGAAAGAAAGUUAUUGCCGUUUUUUGUGUUGUAAAGAAAGUUCUUGCAUAAAUUUUAAAAAAUUUCAGUUGUCGUCAAACCUGCAUUUGGAUUACGGUAGCCCUGUUCCACAGGCAUGGUCAUAACACGCCUCAAUUCUUUGGCAAAUGGCCAUUCUACAGUAUCUCCUUAUCAUUUCUACAGUAUUCGAUAGUAAUUCAAGAGCCGGCUUCAGCCCUAUUUUCCGUACUAAACCUAGCCGGCUGUCUCUACAUGUUCAACACCCUAAGGGACAAGUUAUGGAAUCUGCCAGGCCUAUAUAACCUAAGACUUCAAUGGUUAAUGUAUGCUGGUCUGGGCUCGUUGGUAUGGAUAUUCAGCACGGCGUUCCAUUGCCGUGACUUUUGGCUGACCGAAUAUCUGGAUUAUGCGGCUGCGUCUGCGUUGGUAUUCUAUGCAUUCUACAUGAGUAUCAUGCUAGUUUUUGGGUUUAUAAGACGAAAUUACUAUCUGUAAGUUCAUGGGUAAUAUCUGGUUUGGUUAAUAAAGGUCUGGGAUGUAGGGUAAGGUAGCGAAGGUAAUUUAAGAUAAGAUAAGGUAAAUUAAGGUAAGGCACCGCAGGGUAGUUAGGGGAAGGUAGGGUGGGGUAAGAUAUGGUAACGCAAGGGAGCGUAGGGUAGAGUAAUAUAGAGAAUGGUACGGUAAUGUAGGGAAGCGUAGGUAAGUGGAGGAGGGGAUAGUUAGGGUAGAGAAGAAUAAGGUAGUGGGGGGGGCAUGCCCAAGCGCGUUUUAGGCUUACUAGGGAAUUGCACCAAAUAUCCCUCGGCUUUUUGAACAAGACCUAUAUAGGAUGAAAGAGCAUAAAAAGUUACCGGGAAAACUGUUUUCAAAAACUGCUAAAUAGAUUCGGCUAGCGAGAUAUUAGCGAUUAAAGGAGUUACAUAGGGUUUCCUAUUUGAUCAUUCUCAUUUGUCUUGAGUAAAACGAAUGGAUGAGUGUGGUCGAGUGGUUAACAAGUUAGGGGUGCAAAAGGAGGGAAGUACGGAUCCCGCCGGUUUCAUUUUGGCGCCCAGCCAUGCUGACAAGAAGUUUUGGCUAGCCAAACAAUAUUUUGAUUAAAAAAAUACUUUUUAAGUUGUAUUUUUUGCUUUUAGACACUUUUAGGAAGACAUAAUUAUCAAAAAGUAGCAUUUUUUGAACUUUAAAGCUAUACCCUUUAAACAUAUAAGGAUAUAGAGCCUACUGUAACUCGCUAUCCAAGUCCAUUUAGCAGUUUUUGAAAACAGUUCUCAUGGUAACUUUUUAUGCUCUUUCAUCCUAUAUAGGUCUCGUUCAAAAAGCCGAGGGAUAUUUGGUGCAAUUCCCUAGUUAGCCGGUAAUUUUAGGCUUAACGUAUAAUUUUAGGCUUAAAUGUACACAAUGUAAGGCUUACCACAGAAUUUUAGACACAAUGUAGGGUAGGAUAGGUUACGGUAGGUUAAGGUUGGCUAGAGUAGGGUAGGGUGGGGUUGGGUAGGGUACGGUAUUGCAGUGUAAUACGGUUGGUAGUGAAAAUUAUAAAAAUUUCAAAAAAAAAUUUAAUUUAAAUUUUCAGAAGCUCUGCUACAGGUUUGGCAGUGUUUUACAGCUAUUCUCGACUAGUCAAUCAUUUGUCUUUGAGUCACAAGUUUGAUUAUGGCUACAACAUGCGUGUCUGCAUUUUGGUUUCCUUUACGACUGCCGCAUUGUACCUGUUUUACAUUUACUGGGAAUAGUAAGUUUGUUCUUGGGUCCCACCACGAUUUCCUUGAAUAUCAGUAAAAAUUUAAAGAGUAUUGAAAAUGAGGGUUUAUGGACUAAAACAGUCUUAAAAGGCAUGGUAGAAUAUAUAAAAAGUAUUUUUUAAGUUAACUUUGGGUCCCACCACGAUUUCCCUGAAUAUCAAGGAAGUUGUAAAGUGGAUUGAAAAUGAGGUGUUACGGGAUAAAAUAGUCUUACUUAUGGCCAAAAAUCGUCUUGGGAAAUGGCAGAUUUUAUAAAAACGUAGUUUUUAAGUCACUGGUUGGGUCCCACCACGACUUCCCUGAUUAUCAGGAUAACUUCUCAAACUGCAAAAACAAUAUUAAAAUGCCAUUUUAGCACAAACGCUCGCAACCGUGAAUCCCUCAAAAUACUACUACAAAUUUUACUGAUCUCCCUGGGCUCGUCAGCAUUUGAAUUACUCGAUUUCCCGCCAAUUCUUUAUCACCAAAUCGACGCCCACUCACUAUUCCAUUUAGCCACCGUGCCCACGCCUUUCAUGUUGACCAGAUUUGCCUUGUUAGAAGAUGAAUACCGUAGGAAUAGGCAAAGGUUGCAUGAAAAGAAUUUGUAA